UGUCAGGUUGGAUCCCACCGGGGGAUCUUUGGCUUCCAGCAGGACCAAGCCAGGAUGAGAGAAGCAGAAGAAGAAGAAGAACAACCAAGCAAACGAAUCAAACUCACUCAACCACUCGACAUCAAACAAUCACUCUCGACCCUCGAACCAGAACCAGAACCAGAAAAAGAAGAAGGAGUCCUAGUAGAAGCAGAAGCAGAGGUGGAAGAAGAACCGACGGAUGAUAUCCUAUCGAGUCAUCAAUCCACUCGAUCACUCAAACCGGCGAUCUACGAAGAGCUGCAAAACAUCAUCCGAUUUGUCGUGGUGACCAACGAUGGAGAGCCGGACUCCUCGAUCCUCUUGACGGGUCUCAAGAACCUCUUCCAACGCCAACUGCCCAACAUGCCGCGGGAACACAUCGCCCGACUGGUCUAUUCGCGAGACCAUGCCAGUCUGGCGAUCGUCAAACGCGGCCUGGAUGUCGUCGGCGGAAUCACCUACAGGGCCUUCGAGUCCCGCGGAUUCGCCGAGAUCGUCUUCUGCGCUAUCAGGGCCUCCGAACAGGUCAAGGGUUACGGCUCUCAUCUCAUGAAUCAUCUCAAAGAUCACGUCAAACAGUCCACUACCUGCAUGCAUUUCCUCACCUAUGCAGAUAAUUACGCUAUCGGUUACUUCAAGAAACAGGGCUUCUCCAAGGACGUCAGUCUUGAUAAAUCGGUUUGGAUGGGCUAUAUCAAGGAUUAUGAGGGCGCUACUGUCAUGCAUUGUGCAAUGUUACCAAGAAUAAAGUAUCUAGAAGCAUCACUAAUCCUAGAGAAACAAAAACAAGCGAUAAUGAGUAAGAUCAAGUUGAUUUCGCAAUCACAUGUGGUCCACAAAGGCCUCGAAGUCUUCAAACAACAGCCGCUCCUUCAGCCUGUUAAUCCAGUCGACGUACCCGGUCUCAAGGAGAUCGGUUGGAAUCCUGAACUAGAUCAAUUGACGCGGAAGCCCCAACGACUAGCCUGUCACAACAUCAUCCACCACUUGUUGACGAGCUUACAGAGCCAUCCGUCGGCCUGGCCGUUCACCAAACCGAUCAAUAAGGACGAGGUCACCGACUAUUAUUCGGUCAUCAAACAGCCCAUGGACCUCGAAACGAUCGAACUCAAACUCGAAAAUAAUCGCUACCUUUCACUCCAACAGUUCCUGGAUGACUGUAAACUCAUCUUCAGUAAUUGUAGAACUUAUAAUCCUGACGGCUCGAAUUAUGUUAAAAACGCUAAUCGGUUGGAGAAAUUUCUGAAGGACCGAGUCAAGCAAUACGAUGAGAUAGAGUAUUAAAGUCUGGCCUCUUGCCAGGUCCAGAGCCCAGUGACCUAAGGAGAUUGUACUUGUUUCUCACUCUCUCAGUGUAUAUUCUGCUUGACUUGUCUCUCUAGCCUCCCUCCCUCUCCCUCCCUCUCCCUCCCUCUCC